CACUUCACCCGGCCGCCAAACCAGCCUCCGAUCCCCCCGGCGGACCAGCACGCAGCAGAAGCCACCGCGCACGGAAAGCACCAAGAUGGCCCCGAUCUCCAUCCAGACCGUGCUCAUCAGUGAAAGUGUGGAUCCCCGCUGCAGGGCCAUUUUGGAGGAAAAUGGCAUCCGAGUGACGGAGAAGCAGAACAUGACUGAGGCUGAGCUGAUCGCGGACAUUAAGAACUACGACGGCCUCGUGGUGAGAUCUGCUACCAAGGUAACGGCUGCUGUUAUCAAUGCUGCCGAUAAUCUGAAGAUCAUCGGCAGAGCUGGGACCGGCGUGGACAACGUGGAUGUUGAGGCUGCUACCAGAAAGAGCAUCAUCGUCAUGAACACUCCGAGUGGGAACACCAUCAGCGCUGCAGAGCUGACCUGCGCCCUGCUGAUGAGCCUCUCCAGACAUGUACCCCAAGCUGCCAUGUCCAUGAAACAGGGGAAAUGGGAUCGUAAAAAGUUCAUGGGCGCCGAGCUGUACGGCAAGGUGCUCGGAAUCGUUGGACUUGGAAGGAUUGGGAAGGAGGUCGCCUCAAGAAUGCAGUCGUUUGGCAUGAAGACUAUCGGCUAUGAUCCAAUCACUCCUCCCGAGGUGACGGCCAGCUGGGGCGUCCUGCAGAUGUCUCUGGAGGAGCUCUGGCCUCAGUGUGACUACAUUACCGUCCACACUCCCCUCAUGCCCUCUACUGUUGGUCUGCUUAACGAUGAAACCUUCGGAAAGUGCAAGCGAGGAGUGAAGGUUGUGAACUGUGCCAGAGGGGGCAUCAUUGACGAGGCUGCUCUGCUCAGAGCGCUGGAGUCUGGACAGUGCGGCGGAGCGGGACUCGAUGUCUUUGUUGAGGAGCCGCCUAAGAACCGCUCUCUUAUCGACCAUCCCAACGUCAUCAGCUGCCCUCACCUGGGAGCCAGUACGAAGGAGGCUCAGGCUCGCUGCGGGAUGGACAUCGCCGUGCAGAUCGUGGAGAUGGUGAAAGGCAAGAACCUGGUCGGAGCAGUAAAUGCACAGGUUUUGGCCAACACCUUCUCGCAGGAAUCUCAGCAACUCAUCAAACUUGGAGAAGCUGUUGGCGCUGUGCUGAAGUCCUGCAUUGCCUCUAACGCACCGCCAAGCCACGUUGAAAUCAGUACUAAAGGCGACUCGAUGAAGUCCUCCACCGGAUACAUGACGUCCGCUGUGCUCGUCGGCCUCGUCAAUCGGCAGUCUGGGUGUUGCCCAAACCUCAUCAAUGUCCUGAGUCUCGCCAAGGAGAGUGGAAUCACGGUAAACCAGUCCCACUACGCGUCUGACGGGGCGGCCGAAGGCGUGUGCAAAGUGGAGAUCACGGCCAGUAGCGGCCGCCAUAACGCCGUGGGUUCAGUCCGGGGCGGCGUGGCCGUCCUGCUGCAGCUGAACGACAGCAGGUUCAGACAGCCCAUCUCACUCUCCGGAAAUCUGUUGUUCUUCAAGGCUUCGGCUGAUCCGCAGCUCCUCACCUCACUGGCCGGAUUGCUGGCCGCAGAGGGAGUGCAGAUAGAGUCAUUCAGCGGUCCUGAAAACCACACUGGGGACCAGUGGUUUUGUGUGGGGCUGUCGGCUCUCCUGAAAGAUGUCAGCGCGCUGAAGCCCUUGGUUAACGAUGCGGCCCAGCUCAGCAUUUAAAUGAAAGCAGCAACGCUCGAACAGAGGAACGUUCAAGUGUCCGAAACUGACCACAUUUUCUAGAGUGUCUAAUGUAACGGCUCUGUCGCUGCUUUUUGUGUUUACAGCUAACAACUUGUGCAGAAGUUGAAACCUCUUAACCCUUUAAAAGCUGCAUUUUGAUAACAUUCCACUGUCUAGGGUUUUUUUCUUUUUUUGAGCUUCUUGA